AUGGCCUCAUCUAAAAUCAUCUUACUCGCUUCUCUUCUCAUGGCUCUGAUGUUCUCUUCCAUGAUCACUUCAAGCCAUGCAGCAAAACAUCGUACAAAGAAACAAACGUUAAAACCUAAAAGUUUUAGAUCUCAUUUCCCUCGAUUACCGAGACCCGGUUUUCUGACCAAUCCAAGACUCGGAUUUCCACAAUUCCCAAGACCUGGUUUUCUAACUAAUCCAACACCCGGUUUUCCUCAGUUUCCAAGACCUGGUUUUCUGACCAAUCCAACACCCGGUUUUCCUCAGUUUCCAAGACCCGGUUUUCCAAGCAAUCCAACACCCGGUUUCCCAACCAAUCCAACACCGGGUUAUCCUCAGUUUCCGGGGCAAGGUUUUCAAAACAAUCCCACGCCUAUCCCUCAAUAUCCGAAUCCCGGUUUUCCAAGCAAUCCAACACCCAGUUUUCCUCAAUUUCCCUCUCCUAACCCUCAAUUUCCUAAUCCCGGUUUUCCAAGCAAUCCAACACCCGGUUUUCCUCAAUUUCCCUCUCCUAACGCUCAAUUUCAAAAACCCGUUUACCCUUAG